AUCUAGUCAUUUUUGUUCAUUUUCAGGUAUGAAAGAUCAGGUCAUGGCAUUCAGAUGGAUCAGAGAUAAUAUAGCAGCGUUCGGAGGUGAUAAAGAAAGAAUUACAGCUUUUGGAUGCAGUGCCGGAGCUGUAUCUAUUGAACUUCAUCUGUCUUCUAACCAAGAGAGACUCUUCAACCAGGCUAUUAUAGAAAGUGGUUCACCAGAUAUGAAAGGCGCUCUGGCUUCAGCUAAUCGUUCCUACCCAUUCAUAUUAGCAAAACAUUUUGGAUAUAAUACAACGGAUUUAACAGAGGCAUUAGAUAACCUUGCUAAAUUAGAUCCAUUGACUGUAGUUAAAGCAUCUUCAGAUAUUUUCGAUGAAUAUCCAAUUUGCAUGGAGAAACAAUUUGAAGGUGUUGAAAACUUUAUAACACAUCUAGAAUUUAAUAAAACAAAAGUACAAGCUAUGAAUAUUAUUAUUGGUUAUAACAGCCAAGAGUUGAUAAUGGAGUACGCAAAAAGACAGGCCAAAGACUAUGUAAAAUUACAAAAUAUUUUUAAUGAGACGCUAGAAUAUUUCAAAUUAGAAAAUUUACACGAGGUUGCGCGAUUAAUGCGUAAUUUUUACAUUGGAUAUGAAGAUGUUAGUAUUAAGGUUAGAAAUGAACUGAUAAAUUUCAAUUCAGAUGCUCAAAUUAUCAAUUACGUUUGGCGCGACAUGAAUAAGUUGAUCAGUAAAGGUUCUAAUAUCUAUAAUUACAUUUUCGCUUAUACUGGCAAAAGGAAUUUUGUAAAGAGCAGAAAUAAUGUAACAUUCGGAGGAGCAAGUCAUGCCGAUGAGAUAGGAUACUUGUUUGAUAUGUCGGUGCUUAAUGCGCGCUUAGAUAAGAAUGAUUCGCUGAUCGUCGAUAGAAUGACGACAAUGUGGACGAAUUUCGCAAAGUACGGGUAAGACUUUAUAGAAGAGUUUUGGUUUUACUUUUUUUUACUGAAUAGAAAUAAUAGAAUAAAAUCGUACAAGUGAGCAUUGCAUAAUAUGUAGACGAACAUUCUUUUUUGUUAUUUGGCGUAAUUCUCGGGACACAAAUUGUUGGCGCCAUAUUUCAUUUGCUCAUUUCGGAACCAACUUGUAACUUUUUAGCGUCAAUGUCAGUUAUCAAGUUCUCGUUUCCACUCCCUUCUUCCUCGUCCCUCCUUCCGCACCCCGUGCACUACCCCACUCACUCGUCGGUGGAUCACGCGCUCAACGCUUACGCAGCGCUCCGCGACCCGCGACACCGCGAAUUCAAGUUAUUUAAUGGCGGACGAGCCACCUAACUAACCUUCCCAGUGAUAAGUGACCUAAGCACCAAACACCAACUAAACGAAGCGGAAAGGAUUUAUAUAAUGCCAAUUUGUCUCCCCCGGGAGCUGCAGAGAAAUACAAGCAUUUACCAGGUCAGUUCCCCGCGUCCUUACAUAUCUUUCCUCACCAGUACACACACUAAUAAAGUGAUGAUGAAGAUUAAGGAUUGGUCUCCGAUGGCAUCUUUCAAAUUUUGUAACAUACGCUACAUGUUAUUUUACAUUAAAAUUAAUAAAAUACAAUACUUUGAUUUACUGAUGGCUGGAGGAGGAUCAUUCUACAGUUUGACUGGACAGUAAUUCUCUAUAACGCGGUACUCUUAUAGCAUGUUUUCAUAUUACGCGAUUUCAAAUGACUAUUAUAACGCGGGGAUCUUACAUACAUAUUUCUGUACUGUGAAAUUAUAAUAAUAUGUACAGUUAAUCAUUAGCAUCGCAUACCUUUGGAUGUGUGUCAGUUGUGUUAUUACAAAAUAAAUUAUUUUAUUAAAAGUGUGUAUUAAAUAUAAAUAAUUGGAAAUACUU